GUAGAGUUGGUUAAAGUUAAAACGCUUCUCUUUCAGUUGUCGCUCGCCAACGUAGCGUUUCGCGCGGUGUCACGCACGCCUCUCGGCGAUUUCGACGAGCUGCUCGUGUUUCGCGCACGAGCAAGCACGUGUUUCGUCCUCUGCGAAUGCAUUUCCACGGAUUUCUUCCUGCCCGAUUCCACCGGUUAAUCAAUCGCGUUUUACCGUGUCACGUACUUCCGUGUCUUUCGUUUCUCUCUCGUUCGCUUUCAGCUUCUGCUUUUCGCCUGAAAAUCGCUCGAUUACCAAAAGUGAAAGCAACGGAUGAGAUUUUUGUUUCGAUGCGUGUUGGCCGUGUUUCCGUUUUAAGUUUGCCGAGCUCCACAAGAAUCUAAAACGCAUCGCUGAAUCCGGUCGAUUUCGCGGCAACACAAGCAUCACGUGAGAAAAAAAGAGGAAGGAAGAAGCCAUUAAUCUUCGUCGAAUAAUCUUAAUCGCGUUAUCUAGAAAAAUUUUAACAUUUCGAGUUACGAAUAAUCAACCUAUAUUUCAAGUAUCAACUAUGUUGUCUGAUUUUGUAAAACGUAGGAUAGCGUUAAAAAUGUCAGUGAAAUUGAAGCGUGUUUAAAGGAAUUUUUCGAAGGUGAUAUAACACUUUUAAAGAAAGAUUAUAGCUGAAUUUCGAUGAAAUCGAUCGCUGAAAUAAUUAACGUACAGUUCGUUUGAGAUCUUGAACAGUAAUCCCGAAAUUCUUCGUUCCUGGUUGAUCAUGAAGUUUAUGGUAAUGAGACGUGACUUUGUACACGAUCAAAAUCACGAUCAUCAAAGCUGAAAGUGUAAAACUGAAAAUUCACAAUCGAAGGACGCGACUUUGUAUUUCCUUCUAAAGUGUCGUCCUGAUUCUACGAAUAAAAGUAAAAAUGUCACUGGUCAACUUUACCUUGCCGUAUCAGUCGGCAACGCCUACUCCAUUCUUCUACAGUGGACAAAACGGAGGACAGUCGACAGUGAACAACCUUCGUUUGAAUGCCGUACUUCCGCCUGCGCCCGCUCCAAAUUUUAAUGACCAGGAACCUUUCCAAAAUGAACCGUAUAUACCGCCCGCUGCUUAUCAGCAGCAGCAGCAACAGCAACAACAACAAAGACAACGUCAGUCGACCGUUAACCGACAAAGAAAUACAAACACGUUCGUCGAAGAUUCGUCUUUUUCAUCGACACAAGACAGUCGAUAUGCGAAUUACAAUCAAGAUUUUCGAAGAACGCAACCACGGCAACAGCAGCAACAAAUGAGACCUCCUCCGUCGCUGCCACAACAACAGCAACGAGUUUCGAUAGAGAGGGAUCAAGAUAAUUUUCGAACAUCGAGAAUACCGGAACAGGAGAGCUAUCCUGAUAGACCUAAUGGGUAUACGAGAGUUAACGGUGAAAGUGGACCUGGUACAAAAACUUCGAUUCACGCUGUUUUAGACUAUGAUGACGACUUCGACGAUUACUACGACGACAAAGACCCAGAGAUACCAAGGGACGCUCACGUCACACCCAUUCAAGGUCCAAUCUUUUUAAAGAAUGGCUCGGUCCCCGUAGUGCCACUGUAUUCGUAUCCUCAACUAAACAAUGGUACAUUUGUACAGAUACCGAUUCUUUGGACCGCACUUUCCGUUGCUCUGGGAGUCGAAUUGAGGGGAGAUUUAGUACGUGGUGUACCGUGCAUUAAAAAAUAUCAUCAGCUGUUCUGUCCAACUGCCGGAAACACAUAUCCAAUAGAACGGAUAGAACGUUUUAUUGACGAAAACAAGGCGUUAAUGAAGAGAAUGUACGGUGACUUCGAAAUGAGUUCAGGAUACGGUUCUCCGACAAGAGAGCCCAGUCAUCGGACACGUAGGAGACGAAAAAGUAGAGAAGCUACAAAACAUGAUAUCCCCGAUGGUGGACCUAGUUUUCGCGACGAACUGGAUCCGGAAAUGGAGGCUGAUGGUGACUCAUUUUUUGCUAAUAUCAGAAAGACCAGAAAUCCCCGACAAUCUCCUGGAAAGAAUCGUAAUGACAGUGGCAGAAUCGAUGCAUGCGAAUCGAAAGUGGAAAUUGUAACUCCUUAUUGGGCCAGCAACAGCGCUGGCAAAAUUCGUGCCAUUGUGAACACACAGCAUUUCGAGCAGGCCAUUCACCAAGAAGUUUGCUCGAAAACUCAGACAAACCGCUGUACUGGUGAUUGCGGUUGCGAACAAAAGUACAAGUGGCACCGAUUACUUGCGUACGACCCUGACAACGAUUGCAAAGGUAUCUUCAUGGACUGGUUCCUCUUCCCUUCCUGCUGCGUCUGUAGAUGCGACCCGGUUCCGAACAAAUUUUCCUCGUCUAACAGUCGAAAUUAACAUGACUUUUUACGAGCAAAAGUUUCUUACAGCGUCACGAUCGAACUCGUGAUUCAACUGCGAUUACGAAGAAAGCUAGAACACUGUACGCAGAUUGAUAUUGUCUUCGAAAUGAAAUUGAAUUGCGGCAAGAGAGAAUUUGCUUUAAGCAGGUUUCAACAACGCCAUCGUUUCGAUAGGAUAAAACUCCGCCACAUUUAUUCAAUUAAGCAUAACAAAUAUGUUUAAUGAUUAUUACAUUUCGCUAAGAAAAUCCGCCUUAUUUAUGAAUAUAGUACUAGAAACUAUUGAAGGAUAUUGUACUAUUCUCUUCCUACUGAGGAACGUGUAUCCCUUUCUUUGUCGGAUUAUUAGGAUUAAGUUAUAUAAAGGAUUAAAUAAACAGAUAUAGUAGAUUAUGAACUAGAAUAGAUAUUAUUAUUAGUUUCCCUGCAAUACUUUUUGGUAAUGCGAAUUAGGGAAAAUUUGUUAUAUUAUUAGUUGUCUAUUGUUAUCUAUCAUCAUUUAUUGUAAAAUAAUACUUAUCAGUAGUAAACUACGGAUGUUUAUGCAUUUAUGUGAAGUUUCAAGAUUCAAAAAUGUACAGAACGCACAUAACACACAGAAAGAUAUUGUACGUACAAAGUACCGAAAAUAAAGUAUUUGCAUAAACAUUCACAGUCUAGUGAUAUCGUAUUUAAUACAAUUUUUGUUACUAAUUUAACGAUCUAUCAAACAUCUAUCAGCAGUGUAAGAUCAAGGCAACUAAUUAAUAAGGAAAGGAUAGCAAAAAGUAAUAUGAGAAGGAACAGAUGCAUAUUAACACAUAUAUUAUGUACUAUAUUGGCUGUAAAUUAUAAACAAGUCAGAAAUAAUUAUGAAAAAGGGUGUCCUUUGGUCAUCUGAAUUAUAUGAAUAAUAUCACAGCCCGGUUUAGCGAUACAUGUAACUAAUAUAAGUAUAGUAUGGCCGACUUAAACGUAUACACACCACUGAAAGAGUGAAAAAAAUGUUUUAAUAAAUGUAAAAAUUGUUUGGAAUACGUGAAUUUUUGAAAUUCUUAUUUCCAAUGAUUUGAAUAUUAAAUUAAUAUUUGUUAUGUAUUAUAAUAUUGAUGUCACUUUAUUACAUAUUUCAAAGCGAAUUCAAUAAUGUUCAAUAAUAUUUUCUCAAUAGUUAGAGAAAUGAUAGAGUGUAUCCAUUUAAAGUAGACAUACUAUACGUAUAAUCAACACGCCAUAGCUUUAUAAUUAGCAGCUGUGUAUUUAUGCGACUCUUGCUCAUUUCAAUUUUCGAAUGACAAUUACAAUAAUUUUUUGCAACUACAUAUUAUAUCGUGCUAUGAACAUUAUCGACGUAAUAAUGUUCGAAUUGCUAUUGUGAUAAUAGACAACAGCGUUAAAAAGAACAAUAGUAUUUAAAACAGUAAACAAACUAUAGUACUAUUUUCGUAAACCUUUUAAACGUAACGAAAUAAGAUAAUCGUAAUAACAAAGAUCCGAAUUUCAGUCAGUUUGUUUAAUGGCAACGUGACAAUAGUAAUACAGUUCAUAUAUUGGCGAUCAAAAUUUUUUAGCUCUAUAUUUUUAUAAAUAAGUAAUACACAUUUGUUGCUUUCUCCUGUUAAUUACAGUCUAGUUUAUCAGAGAGAAUUUGCUUGUGAUCGGCAAUUUCGCAUGACCUUCCCUUGCAACUAAGAUAUCCGACGCUCUCGUAUCAAUUUAAAGCAGCAUUUAAAUUUUAGUGUAUCAAGGUGCUGCGUAUUUCGAAUGUAAAAAACAUGAAAAACUUGUUCCAUGGUACCUUCGGUAUACUUUUUUAUACGAUAGACAAGAUAAUUACAUUCGAUUGAAAAGAGGCUUUUCUGCUGCGAAACCUUCGCGUUUUGUCCUCCAUCGUUCACGUCGACAUUUUUUUCCCUCUAGUUUAAUUGUAAGUAAAUAAGUAGAUAUGCGCGGUCAUUUAGUUGGAAUGCGUAUCCUGUUGUCACAAUCUCUUUCUGACAAUCUAGAAAAUAUAAUUCUCAGUAAUCGACGUUGUUAUUUCCUUUUCGUCAGAGCAGUUAGAUCAUUGUAUUCAUUACCCGUGUUUCACUGUUUCUUCUAGGAUAUGUAUCUUCAAAGUCAAAUACCGUGUAACGAAUCUAUAUAAUUACUAGCGUGUAUAAAUGUAAUUGCAUAGAAACGUUAGAAUACGAAUUAGAAAAAUAUUUAUUAAGUUAUGUACGCGAACCGCAAACAACGAGAUCCAAACAUACAUAUGUAACACAUUAUAUUCCUAUAUUCGGUAAAAUAGAAUUUUGUACAUACGCGAAAUAAAUUCUAAUUAUUAUUCCCUGGAA